CGGCGGACCCAUGGCCUUUCCCUAAGCAGGGGCGGAAGCAGAGCCGAGGGGACUCGCUCCCGCCCUUCCGCCAACUCGAAGGCUCCCGAGGAGAAACCGGAAGCGGCUGGACCUUGGGGAGGCGGAGAGGGGGGGUCUCCUCCGUCCCUAUGGCCUCGGGCCGGGCCGAACCCUCCAGCCCUCGGAAUCAGCGUGGCCGAGGAACUGGGACGCCGCCUCCUCCGCCGCGACCCUAGAGACGCCGGGGGCUGGCUUCCUUCCCUUCCUUCCCUCCCCGGCCAUGGGGUCCCCGUUCCGGAGCGAGACGAUGUGCCUGGCCCAGCUCUUCCUGCAGGCCGGCUCGGCCUACGAGUGCCUCAGCGCCUUGGGCGAGCGGGGCCUGGCCCACUUCCGAGACCUCAACCCAAGCACCAGUGUGUUUCAGAGAAAAUACGUGAACGAAGUGAAGAAAUGCGAAGAGAUGGAAAGGAUCUUAGGGUACCUGGUGCAGGAAAUCAAGAGAGCAGACAUUCCUCUUCCAGAAGGAAAUGUUAUCCCUGCUGCUCCCCCACUUAAACAGAUGUUGGAAAUCCAGGAGCAGUUGCAGAAGCUCGAAGUGGAGCUGAGAGAAGUGACGAAAAACAAGGAGAAGCUGAGGAGGAACCUCCUGGAGCUGACAGAGUACACCCACAUGCUGCGGAUCACUCGGUCCUUCGUCAGGAGAACCGCUGAGUAUGAGUCCUCUGUGCAGGCUAAUUAUGAAGAAUUCCCUGCUUUAGAAAUCGAGCCUUUGGUGGACUACAGCUGCAUGCACAGGCUUGGUGCCAAACUAGGAUUCAUCUCUGGCUUAGUUCACCGAGCAAAAAUCGAAGCUUUUGAGAGAAUGUUGUGGCGGGUCUGCAAAGGGUAUACAAUUGUUUCUUACUCAGAAGUAGAGGAGUGUCUGGAAGACCCAGAUACGGGAGAACCUGCGAAGUGGUUUGUUUUCUUAAUCUCCUAUUGGGGUGAACAGAUUGGCCAGAAGGUUAAGAAGAUCUGCGACUGCUACCAUUGCCAUAUGUACCCUUAUCCCAGCACUCUGGAGGAGCACAGGAUGGUGAUGGAGGGACUCCAGAUUCGCAUUCAGGAUCUCCACGUUGUGCUGCACAAAACGGAGGAUUAUUUACGUCAAGUUCUGUGCAAAGCUUCUGAGUCGAUCUACACCUGGCACGUCCAGGUGAAGAAAAUGAAAGCCAUCUACCACGUGCUGAACCUCUGCAGUUUCGACGUCACGAACAAAUGCUUGAUCGCUGAAGUCUGGUGUCCGGUGUCCGACCUGCUGAACAUGCGCCGAGCCCUGGAGGAGGGCUCCAGAGAAAGUGGGGCUUCUGUUCCUUCAUUCAUGAACACGAUCCCGACGAAAGAAACCCCUCCAACUUUGAUACGGACCAAUAAAUUCACCUCUGGAUUCCAGAACAUAGUGGAUGCUUACGGAAUUGGAAACUACCAGGAAAUAAAUCCAGCUCUCUUCACCAUCAUCACCUUCCCCUUCUUAUUUGCUGUGAUGUUUGGAGAUUGCGGGCAUGGAUUCUUAAUGUUCCUCUUUGCUUUCUGCAUGGUCGUGUUUGAGAAGCACCCCAAACUGCAGCGAUCGCAAGAUGAGAUCAUGAAGAUGUUUUUUCAAGGACGAUACAUCAUUUUGCUAAUGGGACUGUUUUCUGUGUAUACGGGUCUGAUCUACAAUGACUGUUUUUCAAAGUCCUUGAUUAUAUUUGGCUCCCGUUGGAACGUCACCCCGAUGUUCAAAGAGGAGUGGCGUGACGAGGAUUUGAAUAAUCAGCACCUAACUCUGAAUCCAAACGUGACAGGCGUGUUUCAAGGAGCUUACCCCUUUGGCAUCGAUCCGAUUUGGAACCUAGCCGGCAAUCGCCUCAGUUUCUUAAAUUCCUUCAAAAUGAAAAUGUCUGUAAUUAUUGGAGUGGUCCACAUGGUGUUUGGAGUUGUCCUAGGGGGAUUUAACCACUGGCAUUUUAAGAAGAAAUACAAUAUUUAUUUCGUGUUCAUCCCUCAACUUCUGUUUAUUCUGUCCAUCUUUGGAUAUCUUGUAUUUAUGAUCGUCUAUAAAUGGCUGGCUUUCAGUGUCGAAAACUCCAGGUCGGCUCCCAGCAUUCUAAUUCAGUUCAUCAACAUGUUCAUGUUUUCUGGGAAAACAGAUAACUUCCUUUUCUCUGGACAGAUUAUUGUACAGAGAAUUCUGAUGACUGUGGCCGCGCUUUCCGUUCCUGUGUUGCUUUUUGGAAAACCACUGUAUUUAUACUGGUUGAACAGCGGUGGCCGAGGCAUUGCGGCGUACCGAAAAGGUUACCGGCUAGUAAGAAAAGAAAGUGACGAGGAGAUUGCUUUGUUAAUAACUCACGAUACGGAAGACGGAGGCAGCUCUUUGGAUACCAGACAUAAAGACGAGGAUAAAGAAGUGUUUAAUUUUCUAGAUGUAUUCAUGGAUCAAGCUAUUCACACCAUUGAAUACUGCCUGGGAUGCAUCUCUAACACGGCGUCAUACUUGAGGCUUUGGGCACUCAGCUUGGCCCAUGCACAGUUAUCGGAAGUGCUAUGGGCUAUGAUCAUGAGAGUGGGCCUUCGUGUGGACGCCACAUAUGGGAUCCUGCUGCUGGUUCCAGUUUCAGCCUUAUUUAUGGUUUUAACAAUAUUCAUUCUUUUACUCAUGGAAGGUCUUUCAGCUUUUCUGCACGCUAUACGACUUCACUGGGUAGAGUUUCAAAACAAAUUCUAUGCGGGCGAAGGAUACAAGUUCACACCUUUCUCCUUUCAAGAAAUUUCCUUAUAUUUUAAUAGAGACCUUGCAUGAUUUGGCUGCUGUUUCUGGACUUGUUUGAAAAUAAUCAUGCUCUUAGGUAUCAUCUUUGUACACCUCCCUGGAGAAAAGAACAUCACUAAUUGCCUUAUAAUGUGGCGAAAAUUAUUUUGUAAUAUAUGACCUCGUAGUUGGGACUUUGCAAAUGUGGGACCUCUUAUAAACGGGCAUAACAAAUGUGCGUUUUCCUUUCCUGAGCACAUAUAUCUGAUUCUGAACAUCAGAUUACUCCUUUUAAAAAUGCUGUAGUUGCUUUAAAGAACUAUUUGUUUGCUUUAAGAAAUCCUUGAAGCAUGAUCCUUAUGUAUAUGUACCUGGGAGUAGCCCCAUUGAAUGGAGAGGGACUGUGAGGAGUUUUUUAAAAAUGCAUAGGAUUGCACUGUGUAUCUCCUUGGACGUUGCCACUAAUAUUUCCAUAUCUAUGGGUAAUUUCAGAGCGGAAGAAAAUCUGAUAGUAACCAAGAAUGCUGUUGAACUUUCAGUAUUCAUAGGGAACUGUUAAGACUUGAUACGUAGUCUUAAUAGGUGCUAAGAUUUUCUUUUAAAUCCUCCAUUUGGGACAAGAGGUCUGCCAAUGUUUCCAUUGCAUAUUGUAAAUUUUUUUUAGGAGAAGGGCCACAAAACCACUCUGGAUUUCAGGUUUACUGAAGAAUUUGGAAGCAUUUAGUUCUGGUUCAUUGUGGGAGAUGUCUAUUUGCAGCAAGAUACAGGAGCACUCCUUAAAUGUUUUCCCAGGAUUACUACCUGAGAAGACUUUCCUUCCGAAAGUCUUAAGUAUUCGAACUGCUCUUCCAAGAGUGUUCAUGUAUUUGCACAACCAAAAAGUUUUCUCUGAAAACAAAGUAUGCUCUUACGUUUUUUCAGUACGGGAAUGUGAAGAUAUUUUGGCUUUACUGAGCAAACUUCCUGGUUAUCUUUGACACUAGUACAUACUCCUUUUUUUAUGUAGCAUUCCACGGCUUGGAAGUUUAAAACUUGCACGAUCAGGUAACAGCUUCAUUUGGACACAGAAGCCAGUUUGGUAUUGAACAUGUUUUGUUUAUGCUCUGUGAAGAUAAGUAGCUUUUAAAGGAUUUUUUUUAAAAAAAAUACUCAAACAGAACGGGGAUAUCAAUACCUUAAAUAAUUUUAUAAGUCCCAGAAUAAAUCUAAUCUUGUUACUUUCCUACUCAAAUAAAAGCUAAUUGCUCAUUUUGAGGA